GCGUAGGUUGUAUAGUUUGAUCCGACUUUAAUUGUUACGGAGUACUCCGUAGUAAGGACUGAAGAAAAUCAAGUGUAGCUGAGACUGUUUUUAUCAAUUUUCCCAUUUAUUUACGACUUAACUCAUCCAAGUUGCAAAGCCUUGAAUUAGAAACAUUGUCCCGAAAUGUCGACCUCAAAUAUUUUAUCUCUCCUCUUUAUUUUAACAUCAAUUUCUCAUGCUGCUUCAUCAAAUGUCAUCAAAUCUGUACCAGGAUUUCCGGGCAAUCUCCCAUUUUAUCUUGAAACUGGGUAUGUUAGAGUAGGAGAGAACGAUGAAGUACAACUGUUUUAUUACUUUAUUAAAUCGGAGAGAGAUCCUGAAAAAGACCCACUUAUGCUGUGGCUCACUGGAGGUCCUGGCUGUUCUGCUCUUUCUGGACUUGUUUUAGAGAUUGUGUCCCGCUGUGGAUUGAAUUCAACAAUGUCUGGCUCACGGAAGACCGAUGGUCAUCGGUGGUGGUUUUGGUCGUGCGUGGGUGGUUGUUGGUCGCUGACCGCACAUAGAAGGAGAGAGAACGAGAAGGAAAUGGAGAGAUGUCCUCUGAAUUUCAAUACUUCAGCUUGCAAUUGGCACUCGAAAUCACCAACGUUUCAGUUAAAUCCGUCUUCUUGGACAAAGGUGGCUAGCAUAAUAUUUCUGGAUUCACCUGUGGGCACAGGAUUCUCUUAUGCAACAAAUCCAGAAGGUUACUACACUGAUGAUAUUACAUCAUCAAGACAUAUUUAUCAAUUCUUGAGGAAGUGGCUUAUGGACCAUGAUGGAUUCAAGGAUCAUCCUCUUUUCAUUUCCGGGGAUUCCUAUUGUGGCAAGAUUGUUCCUAUUGUUGUCCAAGAGAUUUCCAAUGGCAAUAGAGCUGGAUUUGAACCUGCUAUGAAUCUUCAGGGAUAUGUUCUUGGAAACCCAUAUACAAGGAAGGAAGAUGAUAAUAAAUCAAAAUUUUACUAUGCUCACCGUGUCUCUCUCUUAUCUGAUGAUCUUUAUGAGUCGGCAACCAGAAUAAAUUGCAACGGAACUUAUGUGGAUGUGGACGUGGACAAGGAUAAUGUUAAGUGCACACGUAUUCUUCAAGCCAUAUCAUAUAAUCUGGACCCCUUGUUUGAUGCUCAUGUCUUAAAACCUAAAUGCAUAUCACAUCAAACAUGGUGCCAGGAGAGCAUCUACUAUCUCUUGGAAAACUGGGCUAAUGACAUACAAACUCAAGCUGCUCUUCACAUUCAGAAGGGUACUAAAAGUUCUUGGAUAAGAUGUAAUAUGACUCUAGCAUAUGCAUACAAUGUUGAGAGCAGCUUUGGUUACCAUCAAAAUUUUACACAAGAUUUCAUCCGGGCAUUGAUCUACAGUGGUGACCAGGACAUGAAAAUAUCUUACGUGGGAACAUUGGAAUGGAUUAAGAUGUUAAAUGUUUCAACUGUUGAAGAUUGGAGGCCAUGGUUUGUCAAUGGUCAAGUUGCUGGGUAUACUACAAAGUUUUCAAAUGACAGAUAUCAUGUAACGUUUGCUACCGUGAAGGGAGCAGGACAUACCGCCCCAGAGUAUAAACGCCUUGAAUGCUUUACCAUGCUCUUGAAAUGGUUUGCAAUGCAUCCUCUCUAGUACAAUUGUACUGGAGAAUCUCAGGGCUUGUACUAUAUUCCAAGUUGCCAACAGUAUAACUUUGGGGCUUAUAUUAUAGCUUCAAUCAUGGAAUUUUAGAAAAUUGUUGUACCUUUUACUUGUAAAUUUAAAUUGUAACAAAAUAAGGAAAAAAAAAUAUUAUAUGCUUUAUUUACUUUUGUAAUGAUUGUGAUGUGAACAUUUUGUAUUCUUACCAAAUUUACUUGACUUUUGUAUUUCUAACUUUGUAAUUACUCCAUACUUAAUUCAAGAUUUCUUGAAUAUAUAAUUUGUUUGUAUCGAA